AAUCAAUUAUCUCCGGAACGUGAAAAUCAGGCGCGCAGCAUAAUGGGGAACCGUUUGAGCUCGUGCGGGCCGCUCAUCCGCAAGGCCUACCGUCACGAGGACACGCCGUGGCAGAAUUCGCGCAAAAGAGACGGACAUUUGCUCAGGUUGUGGGCGGAAGUGUUUCACGUGAGCACGAGCAGCGCCGGAACAGUCAGAUGGCAGCAGAUCUCUGAGGAUCUGGUGCCCGUCAAUAUUUCCUGCAUUCAGGAUCAGCCCGACUACGUCUUUCACAUCACCGCCUACAAUUCGCAGGUGGACAAGAUCCUCGACGUCAGGCUCACCCAGCCAGGCACGCGCAUCGGACAGGCUUCCGAAUGUUUCGUCUACUGGAAGGAUCCCGUCACCAACGAUACGUGGGGGCUCAAUUUCACAUCGCCGGCCGACGCCCGGGCAUUCCGCGAAUGCUGCUCGCCGGCGUUCAAAUUUUCGCGCAAAGCGUCGUCGUCGUAUUCGCUGCGACUGGAUUCCGGCCGCCAAAAGGAUCAGCGGAGCUUGUCGGGCAAGCGGAGGACCAACUCGACGCCGGCGUCGCCUUCGCACGCCAGCAGCAACGCCGCUGCAGGUCAUCAUCAUCACCAUCAUCACGGAGCGUCGUCCGGCUCGGCCACUGCGGCCGGAUCAGCCGGCACGGGUCGUGAGCCGCAGUGUACGUGCAUGACGCCCGAACAGUACGCCCGUCUCAGAGCGCAAGAUCCCCGAUUCAGAGCUUCGCUGACGUUGCCGCGGACGCAAUCGCUGAAGAAACCGUCGAGCGGAGAGACGGCCGCCACGACGUCGGCCAGCGCCAUGUCGUCUAGCAACGACGUCGUCGUCAAGGAGGACAAAGUGUCGCUCGGCGCCAAUUCCAGCACGUCCGUCUACGACAACGUGCAGACGACGACGGCGGCGGCGGCAGCGGCGGCGGCCGCGUCGGCCGCCAAGAGGAACGUCUCUGCGUACGGCACUGGCAGACAAGCGGCGGCGACGCCCGCCGUCGAAGCCGACGUGGCCACCGAUGCGCCGGCGGCUGCAUCGUCGGCUGGAACGGCCGCUCAAACGUUGACGGCGACGAUGAACGCGGCAACCGUUGCGACGAAUGCAGGUGAUUUGCAAACGUCGGCCGGAUGCGCCGUCGAAUCGAAAUCGUCUGAAACUCAAACGAUGACGACGCAAACGACUCAGACGCCGGCCGGCGCCGCCGCCGCCGCCGCCGCUGUUUCAUCCGCAUCGUCGGAUCAACAAGCGGCCACGGCGUCUUCGCUCCAGUCCAUUACGCAGCGGACCAGUCAACAACCGCUGGCGCUACCUAACGCCACCCAACAACAACAACAACAACAGCCGGUGUAUUCGCAUCAGUAUCCACCGGCGUUCCAGCAACCGCUUUACGGGAGCGGGCAAUCCAAUUAUUAUAAUCAAAUGCAACAGGGAGCCAUCCCGAGGACGUAUCCUCAACAACAACAGCAGCAGCAGUAUCACGGAAUGCAUCCGCAACAAUCGCAGACGUUGAACCGUUCCGGCUACCCUUACGGCGCUAUGACACAACAGCCGAACUACGCGGCCGAUUUCGGCGGUACCCUUCCGCCGCAAAUGCAAUACGGCAAUAGAUCGGACGCUGGCGUCAGCAGCUAUCAUCAUCCGCAUCCGGCUUCUAUUCAUCCGCAUCAUCAUCACCAGCAGCAGCAGCAGCAACAACAACAUCAUCAUCACCACCCGUACUACGAUCGGGCCUAUUCGGUGCAGGGCGAUGUCAGCAACGACGUCCUGAUGCAGGACAUGAUGAAUCAAACGCGUCGAUCCAUUUCCGGCCGUCCGCCUCAUCAUCAUUCGGGACAUCCGCAUCAUUUGAACCGACGCGAUUUGCUCAGCUCUAAAUCGGUUGAUUAUUCCGGAAUGGACGGACCGCCCAAUGCGGCGGCCGGAUCGUCUAACGGAUUCUUCCAGGACGAUCACGAUCAGCUGAUGAGGGCGGCGCGCAGGCAUCGCAGCCGCAGCACGGAGAACGUGGUCGGCAACGAACUGGGCAAUCCGGUGAUGGCCGGACUGGGCAGCGACGUUCUCAAGCGGAUGCUGCAACCCGUGCAACAAAUGCCCGGCCAGAUGGUGGUCGGAUUGAGCCCCAACGCGUCGCCCUUAACAUCGCCCGAAAUGAGCCGACGCGGCACGUCCAGUCAUCGUCCAAUCAGCGACGGAUUUCAAUCCGAACCGGAAAUCAGCAGCCGAACUCCGAGAUUUUACGCGCCGCUGGCCAGGCCGAUUGGGGCCAAUCCGAAAAUGGCAAUGUCGCGGACGAUGUCGUACGGAAGCGCUCGAGUAUCGUCGUCCGUAGGUGCGGCCGUUCAGCAACAGCACGCGCACCAGCAGCCGCAGCAGCGGUCGCAGAGUUUCGCCUCGGAUUCCAUGCGCCAGAAUGUGGAACGCAAUCUCUACCUGGACUUUGACGGACGCGGGGACGCCGGAUCGCCUUCGUCGGACAACAUCCUGUUUGAUCAUCACUUGUGCUACGCCACGACGCCCAGUUCGAGCAACGGCAAUUCGGACAUGGAGGGCAACAACCCGCUGCCGCCGCCGCCGCCAAUGGCCGUCGGAUCGGCCGGCAUGGGUUCGGCAACGGGCGCGCGGAGCAACAAUGCAACGCAGCAGGGGCCGGUGGCCACGUCGCCCACGUCCAGGCUCUUGCUCGAGUACGAGAUGCAUUUGCGCAACACGCUGGCCAAAGGGAUGGACGCCGAGAGUUGCAGUUUGCACACGUUCGAAGCUCUUUUGUCUCAGAGCAUGGAAGAUUUAGAAUCGAUAAUCCGCGCCAAAGGCAACGGCUACUCGUCUUCCUCCAGUUCCACGCCGAGGGUGGCUCAGCCGCAACGGCGGCUGCUGUCCGAAGUGGAGCGCAUCCAAGAAAAGUACCGCGGAGGGCGAGGGUUAAUAGCAGGUGCGCCUCCGCCAGGUCCGCCGAGUGUUCCGUCGUCGUCGCGUAGCGCCGACCGUUCGUCUCGUCUCAGCCGCAGCGAAACGGCUCCGACCAACGCCAAUCACCACCACCACGCACAGCAACAAGGAUCGGAAGCCAACCGAUCGUCUUACUACGGUGUAGGUGGAGCAGCCGACUUAGAGCGCAGUCUUUACUCUGAACGCGACCGAGGCUAUUUGAGCGACAUGAGUUCCCGGGCCAAUAGUUUCUACGAAAGACAAGACAGUGUGCGAUCGGGUUACCUGAGUGAUCGUGAAACAGUAGCGGGAGCGACAAACCGCUUGGGCGGUCCAGCCGCCGCACUGUCUGGCAGUAGCGGCAACAUUGUCGUCCAGCAACAAACAUCCAUCGAGAGCACCGAUUCGCGCCUUUGCUACUUGACGUCCUCAGAGAUGUCGGAUGAUGAUCGACUGUCUCUGACGACAGCAAUCAGCGACGACGACGACGGAGGUGGCGGAUGCGGAGAAUCGGAAGGACAACACCACGGGCACCAGAGCGGCACGACGUCACCGUUCCGCAAGAGCGGCGCUGCCGCAUCAUUCAAUUGCACUGGAGCUGUUCGCAAAGCUGGGUUCUUGAGCGUCAAGAAGUGGCUUCUGCGUAAGAAACAUCAAGUGGAGCUGGCCAGGAAGCGCGGAUGGCGCGGCUACUGGGUUUGCCUCAAGGGGACGACGCUGCUCUUCUACCCGUGCGAUUCGCGCGAGGGACGCCACGUCGAGGCCGCGCCCAAACAUCUCAUCAUCGUCGACGGUGCCAUCAUGCAGCCCAUACCCGAACAUCCUCAACGGGACUUUAUCUUUUGUCUCAGCACCGCGUUCGGCGACGCCUAUCUCUUCCAGGCUCCAUGUCAGGCUGAGCUGGACACGUGGGUGAAUAGUAUUCAUUCAGCGUGUGCGGCGGCUUUUGCCCGUCACCGGGGCAAGACGGGCACACUGCACUUGCUACAGGAAGAGAUUCUGCGUUUGGAACGUUCCAUCGAGUCGGAUCACAAAUUGAAACACAUGGCGGAAUUGCAACUGUCGGUCGUCUCCGAGUCGGAGAGUCGACGUCAAAUCGGAGCUCAGAUUGCCGCUUGGGAAGAGAAUUUGGAACGACUGCACUGCGAACAGUUCCGUCUCCGCUGCUACAUGGCCAGCUUGCAGCACGGCGAACUACCUAAUCCAAAGAGUUUACUGACGCACGUCUCCAGGAGCACCAAGCACACGCUCAACCGGCUGGGCGUCUUUACCGUCUCGUCGUUUCACGCCUACAUUUGCGCUCGCAGUCCGUCGCUGCUCAACAAUUUGCUGGCCGGAAGAGGAGCCACGAGGAGACGGGCCGUGGCGGCGCCCACCUUGUCCCGAUCGAAUUCGCUGAGCUCGCGCAAAUCGCAAUCGGUGGCCGCCGCAUCGUCGCAGCACAGCGGCCAUCAUCACGAAGGAGACAGGCAAUUCAGAGUCAAUUUGCCCGACGGACAGACGGCGACUGUCAAUUUAAAAGACAACAUGACGGUCGAGGAAUUUCUGGCCAGCGCUUGCGGCAAACGCGGACUCAAUCCGGCCGAGCAUUUCGUCCGCGUCAAGAAGCGCCGCGACAUGGACAACUCGAACCAUUUUGUGCCCCACCGCACCGAUCUCAUCGAUUCAUACGUGCCCAGUCACGAACUGGUCGAAAUCUGCGGAAAAGCUCUGUAUCAAGUGGAGCUGUCGCGCAACAAUUUGGAACAAAUGUGGGGUUUCAGCGUCGAGGCCGAGUUGGUGGAGAAUACGGAACGACAGGACGAGUUGUGCGUCUUUGUCAGCCGAGUGGAAGACCGUAGCGUCGCCAUGAACCACGGAAUCAUCAAGGGAGACGAGAUCAUGGUCAUCAACGGAGCCCUGGUCGGCGACCUGGACAUGAUGUACAUCGAGUCAGUGCUCCAGGAAGAGCUUUCGCUCUCCUUGAUGAUCCGCAGCUGCCGAGCCGAUCCGCCCGACGUGACUUGCCUACUGAGGACCACCGACGACCUCAUCGACAGUCUCGUCUGCCCGCCGCCACCUUCCGAUCAGCUCAUCACCGACGACGUUCUCUCCAAUCUCAUCGUCCCGGCUCCAUCUUGGCAUGGACAGUCAGCGCAAACGGUAGAUAGUCCUGGCGCUUUCCCAACUGAACUACCUCCCAUCCAGCAGCAUAAAUCUAGUCCGGCUGAUGUUGUUGGUCCCGUGCUUCGGCCUCGCAUGUCUGAAAGAAGCUCCACAUCUACCACGUCGGAUUUCCGGCGAUCCUCGCCUACCGGAAGCAUCGCGUCUUCUCAGUCGAUCGCCCUGACGCCCAAUCGGCAGCUCUCCGAUGGCGAGAAGCUGAAAAAGUGCAUUCUAGAGCUGGUCGAGACGGAAAGGACUUAUGUCAAGCAUCUGAACAACUUGCUGGAGAACUAUCUGGAACCAUUGAAACAAGAAACAUUUCUCUCUUCGGCCGAGAUCAAUGCCCUCUUUGGAAACAUCCAGGAGAUUGUCACUUUCCAGCGCAUGUUCCAGCAAAGCCUCGAAGAAGCUUUGGCUGUCGAACCGCAUUUCGAGCUAAUCGAUCAGCCCUAUCAGUUCAAAAAUGUCCUGUUUGCCAUCGGCAGCGCUUUCCUGCAGCAUGCCAACCACUUCAAACUGUACAGUUCCUUCUGCGCCAGCCACUCGAAAGCUCAAAAAGUUCUUCUUCCAAACGAAGGUUCGCAAGCGUUACAAGAGUUCCUACAGUCACGCAAUCCUCGGCAACAGCAUUCUUCGACGCUGGAAUCCUAUUUGAUCAAACCGAUCCAGCGCAUUUUGAAAUACCCGCUCCUGUUGCAGCAGCUGCGCAAUUUGACCGACCCAAACAGCAGCGAACAUCAACAUCUUGUCGAUGCCCUGAAAGGGAUGGAAAAAGUGGCCGAGCACAUCAACGAGAUGCAGCGCAUCCACGAAGAGUACGGCGCCAUCUUCGACCACCUCUUCCGCCAGCACCAAAAGUCUUGCAAGCAGCCCGUCGAUCUCAGUCCGUCUGAGCUCUUGUACUACGGCGGAGUCGAAUGGCUCAACAUUUCCGACUUUUUGGGCAAAGUCAAAAAGGGCCUGGAGCUGCACGCCAUGUGCUUCGUUUUCAAAACGGCCGUCGUCUUCCUCUGCAAGGAGCGACUCCGCCAGCGCAAGAAGCUCAUGAGCGUGACGACGAAAACUAGCGCGCCGGAAGUGGAAAUCAUCCGCUAUCAGGUCCUGAUUCCGGUGACCGAAGUCCAAGUCCGCACCGCUCAAGCCAAAGACAUGGAAGCGCACUACUUGUGGGAGUUGAUUCACUUGAAGAACCCGUUGCACCGGCGCUCGGAGAAAGUCUACCACCUUUCCAAUAGCACCGCCGAAUUCCGCAACGCUUUCCUCAAAACGAUCCGGCAAAUCAUUCGAGAGAGCGUGCGCAAUAUGAGCAUUCCGCCGGCAAAGCCGCCCGUUCCGUCGGCCUCGACGCCACCGACGCCGAAAGCGGAGGCUGAUAAAAGCAAAGGCAAACGAAAUGUUCAACGCCAUUCGGCUGGCACUAUAGACUACGAUAAUGUCGAAGCCUGCGGCGGAGGCGAAGCUGAAGAUAUUCCGACAGUCACUUUCAGAGGACGCAGCAACACGAUCGGCGAAAAGAAAUCGAUCCGUCGAGUGGAUUCGUCUGAAGCGAGGGACGGCGAUCCGGGUGUCAAGUCAGAGAACGAAGAUGACCAUCAACAUCGAUCGAAGCCAUCACUCGGCCGUACACCUAAUCACUUAAGCCUGUCAACGACGUCGACGCUUUCUACCGGAAGCGCUUGCAGUCAGGCUAAACUCAUUCAGGCAUCGAGGACGCCUCAGUCGUAUGCGCCAGCGGCAGCUAAACCGUUGGGAUCUCCCAUAUGGAAGCCCCGUGAGGGUGUAGGUGAAUCGUUCACUUUACCCCGACCGAGUAAGAGUAACGACAUGCCAAAUUCCGGCUCUAAUUCCGGAAACAAGAAUUCGUACGGGACAUUGGGUAACCCGUCAAAGAAAUAGAAAAAGAAAACCAAAACAAAAAACGAAAGGGGAAAAAAAAUUGAGGCAAUCGAUUUUCGAUUUCUUUUUCAUAUUUCUUUGUUUGUCUUCUUCCGACCCCCCACCCCCACCCCCUUUAUUUUUUUUUUUUACCCGUUUGAUGUUCUGGUAUCACGCCGAGUGCUCAAAAUUGUGUGUGACUGAUGUAAAUCUUCCCUAUUCUCGAUACUCACACCCAUCUCUAUUUGCCCCCUUCGCAUGACUGCCCAGCUGUGCAAAAAAAAAAAAAAAAAAAAAAAAAAAAAACAAAUUUCUUCUUUGAAACGACUCACGAAAAAUAUUCGGAAGGAGAAAUUCGAUUUCGUUCGAAAUUUUUUUUUUUUUUUUUUCGGCCAGAGGAGCGUUUUGUUUUUGAAAUUUUCUUCUUCUUCUUUCUAUCUCGAAAGGACAGAAAACAAAACAAAAAAAAAAAAAAAGAAUACUCCACCAUAAUCACAUCUUCCGCUUCACUGUCUUCCUCUACUGCUGUUGCACUGG